ACACACAACACACACAACACACACAACACACACAGCACACACAGCGUACACAGCGUACACAAAGUCAAUUUGUAACUUAACCCGGUUAGGAGCAUGCUUUGCUCUUAUUGUACUUACCUUUAUGCAACACACGACAUUUAUUUUUAUUAACAAUUUGUAAUAAAUUUCACAUAAAAAGAAAUAAGAAAAAAAGGAAUUGAUAAAUUGUAUACCAGCAUGCAGCAUACGACCAAGAUAAAGGAGGGUGACGAGCGGGAAGAGAUGGAGCUGAAUCAAAUCUGGCGCGCCUGUCGUAAAAUUCAAGGCGCCAUUUUCCGUUAUAACUUUGACAUCUGUGCCGAUUUAAGGAUACAUGAUCCCGAAUGCAGUGGCUACGUAUCGGAGCCAAUAUUCACAUCAGUGUUGGGCAAAUAUCGCAAGGUGGUCGGCCUCUCCGAGUUCGAGCUGAGGGAUGUAACCGAUUAUUUUCAGAUCCGAGAUGGACGCGUCGCCUAUCGGCAAUUCUGCAAGGUGGUCUGUAAUGAGAAUUUGCACAAGAGCGCCAAUAAGGAGCUAGCCAGCGGACUGGAGUGGAAUGACCCUUGGCACUUGAAUGUGAUACCACAGCCGGAAGAGCGGCGGAAGCUGUGUUUGAUAUUAUUCAAAAUAGCAAAGGAGACUCACUUGCCACUGAUGCCAUACUUUCAGGAUUAUGAAUUGAUAGCGCAAAACGUAGGCGUUGUGACCGUCUCACAUUUCUCACGCGUGCUCCACUUUAUGAAGAUACCACUAUCGGAAAGUGAUUUUCUGCUAUUGCUCAAGCGGUACAUGAAGGAUGGCUAUUUGGUCAAUUAUGUGGCCUUUCUCAAGCAUAUCGAGAACAUCAUUGACUAUUUGCGGCAACACACUCUGCUUGAUAACUCGGGAGAUCUUAUACCAAACUUUCCUGGACGUCUGGUGGAUCUGGAGCUUUCUCAAUUACCGCCGAUGGAUGGCUGUCAAGUCGUGCAGCCCAUUUUUCCAGAUGCCUGCAACCAUCCGAAAAAGGAUCGCGGCGAAUGUGAUAUUGUGUUCUGCAUACAAAGCUAUAUACAUAAGAAUCGGAUACGCACCUGUGAGUUCCUCGAGAAGUUUGAUACGCUGCAGGUGGGCAGCAUAACGAAGAAUCAGUUGGAGCGCGGUCUGUCCAACAUGGGCGUGGGCAAAUACUUAUCGCAAAGGGAAUUGGAUUUGUUGGCGGCACGCUAUAUGGAUCCCCUCGACACUAAUCGCAUACGUUGGCGCAAUUUUGUGGAUGAAAUCGAUACGGUAUUUACCAUCAAAAACCUGGAGAAAAUGCCACAGUGUGUGGUUGAGUCACCGCUGUCUCAUAUCAAGGAGCUACCCCGACCGGGUACCCUGGACUGGCAGGCAGCGCCAAUGGAUAUACGAGAUCUGUGUGAGGAAGCCAUGUCCAAAAUAAGACUACGUAUACGCAAUCGUCGCCUUUACCUGCAUCCAUUCUUCCGCAACUAUGACAAACUGUUUAGCGGCCAUGUGAACUGUCACCAGGCCAAUCAAAUCUUCCGCAUCAAUGGCAUACUGCUCUCGAAUCCUGAGCUCGAUGCUGUCCUGCAUCGUUAUGGCAAUGAGCUGGGCUUCUAUUAUACCAAAUUUUUGGAUGAUGUCGAUCCGGCAGAGUAUGCCAUGCCCAGCAUGGUGACCAAACAGCAGUUACAAGAAUGUCCACCAUUCCCACGCGACAAAGUGGAGAAGGAGCAGGACAACGAGGAGGUCAUUGCCCGCAUCCUGGCCAGUGCAAAGAGACAGGCAAUCACCAAGGGUAUUUCGGUCAUUGAUUUUCUAUCUGACUACGAUCGCCAUCGUGAGGGUCAAAUACUGGAGAGCGACUUCAAACGUGCCCUGGACAAUGCCAUGGUCAUACUCACUGAUGAGGAUGCCACCGUUUUAUGCAAUGUAUUCCGUUCGCCAAACCGCUCUGCCUGCGUUCGGUAUCGUGACUUUUGCAAAGCGCUGGACGAGAUCUUUAUGCAGGUCGAUACGAAUAUGGGUGAUAAUAUUGUGACAGCUGUGCCGCUGUUGCAUUUGCCGAAUCUGGACUGUGUCGAUUGUUUUCUGAACUUUGAUGAGCGCACACUUUGCUCAAAUGCUCUGAUGAAACUCGCCCGCCGCCCGGAUGAGAUCUCCAACUUGAGGGAGGUAUUCAAGGACUUUGACCGACAGCUGUGCGGCUCGGUGACCCAGAACCAAUUCCUCCGGGCCAUCACCUUACGUGAAAUGCACAAUAUGAUGAGCAGUCGCGAGCUGGAAGCCGUUGUCAAAUGCUUUGGCGUUAAGCGUGGUCUCUGUCUGGAGGUUAACUAUCGCGAAUUCCUCAAAAUACUGGAUGUGCUCUUCGCCACUGGUCAGGUGAAACGUAACUAUUAAGUGUCAAUAUGAUAGAAAAACUACUAAAUUGUCUGUGCGUGUGAAACUUACUUUUGGGCAUCCCAUUUCCCCAUUUCGAAAUAAUAAUUCGGAAAUUAAUAUACAU